UCACUUCUUCACCUCUUCACGACCAAAUCCUCGUCUUUCUGUAUAAUAGCACCUCCCCGCCUAUUCUACCUUCUACACAGCAAAAUGGCCUCGAGAAGCUCGCGGAUACUGAACAACCUCAGUAUCGGCAUCCGCGUCGUGGCCGCUUUCCACCUCCUGCAAACCUCCGUCUUCGAGACCUCACCGACCAGCGGCCUUUCGAUGCUCCCCACGCUGCGAACAAUCGGCGACAACGUGUUUGUCAACAAACUAAACUACAGCAGAGGCAGAGACAUCAAAACCGGCGACGUCGUCAUCGCGUGGAAGCCCACAAACUGCAAAUCCCGCAUCUGCAAGCGCGUCGCUGGCAUGCCCGGAGACAUUGUCUACUCAAACGCAAUGCCGAAAUACUCGACGAUCGCGGCCGACGGUAUUCCCUUUGAAGCCGUAGUCGGCCCAGAGAACCCGCGGACAGGGAAAUACAUACGGGUACCCGAAGGCCAUGUCUGGCUGCUGGGCGACAACGCCGCUGCUUCGCUCGACUCUCGCGACUACGGUCCCGUGCCCAUGGCGCUCGUCAUCGGCAAGGUCAGCUUUGCGAGCUUCUGGGGGCCGUGGGAUUUCUUUCCGUCUCUGCCGCGGAGGUUACGGUCGAAUGUGACGGCGAGUAGUAUGACUGUGGACGAGUAUUUAAGCAAGGAUGCAACCUGAGCUGCCGAUUG